CAGAACUCUUUCGAGACUAAAACUCCAAUGUUGUUGUUGAUUAUUUUAACCAAACAAGUCCUACUUUAUGAAGAAAUUUUAAUUGGUCAUAUUUUAGACAUUUGUCUAACUUCUAAUCUUAUUUUGAGCAAUUUGUAAAGAAUACUCCUAGUUAUACUUAAUUAUGAAUUCCCCCCAAAACGUAGUAAUUCAUUUAUUUAUAUAAAAAACAUAUCACUCUUACUUUUUAAAAAUUACUCACUCCACCCCUAAUGAAACUUCCACUUUUUUGAUAAAGAAUUUGUUGUGAACAAUAAUGUUUACACAUUUAUCUCUGUAGAAGUUAAUUUAGGGAAUCAGUACUACCCCACCAUGAGAAUGCUCUUUAACAUCAGUCUUUCAAUUGAAACAAAUAUACAAAGAUCUAUAUAAUGCAAUGUCCAUAAUCGAAAAAUGGCAAAUAUGUUAACUCAAUGGUUAAUGAAUGCAAUAAUAAUAUAAUUAUUUUUCAUUUUCAUAAUAUAAUUUUUCAAAGGUCAUUAUUUUAUUCCCCAAAAAAUAUACUUUUUGAGAAUUUUUUAUCAACUCAUUCUUUUAAUUAAUAGGAUUAAAUAAAUUCUGUUUGGGAAAUAAAACAGAAUUUAAAUUAGUGUGUUUUAAUCGUGAGCAAUUUCAGAAAAAAAUCAAAAGCACACGCGGCCGUCAUGCGUAUUCCCGGCGGGUCCCACCCCAUCUUUCUUAUAACCAGCAAACGUACGAAGGAAUCGAAGCGCUUAAAGCUUCCCCGCCGGCGCAACUGUUUGCUUUCUUCCCCAUUUCCCCAACGCUCACCAUUUUCACGACACCCCAUUCCACCUUUUCCGCCAUUCCUUCAUCCCCCUUCUGUCUUCACCGCCAAACCCGCUUCUAAAUUUAGCUUUCCCCACCGAAAAUGGCCCUUUCCGCCGCCCACUGGUGACGACACCACUAUAUCACGACCUUUCCAACGCUUCCCUGCCGCAGUUUUUUCGUCCAUAAAAUGCGUUUUCCAUUCGCUUAUUCCGAUCACAGAGGCAUGGCUUCCUAUAAUUCCAAAAACAAGAGUGGCAGAGAUUCCGUCCCCGACGCCCUUGUCUUCUUCGCCGGAGUUCUGAUGGCCUUGGUACUCGUUUGGGCUCUCUGGUGUUUAUUCACAACCCCCACCGCCGACUCUGUUUCCUUCUCCGGCGACUCUGUUCCGGCCAGAAGGUAUGCUGUUGCCGGCGUUUCCGCCGGCUGUAACGGGACCGUGGGUUUCGACCGGCUCCACGACCCGGCCGGCCGGAAUUUCUACGAUGACCCCGAUUUGAGCUACACCAUCGACAAGCCGGUGAGGAACUGGGACGAGAAGAGGAGGCGGUGGCUCGAGCAGCAUCCAUCGUUUAUUCCCGGAUUCGAGACCCGGAUUCUCAUGGUCACCGGGUCUCAGGCGAAGCCGUGCCGGAACCAGGUCGGCGACCAUCUCCUUCUCCGGCUGUUCAAGAACAAGGUGGAUUACUGCAGAAUCCACGGGUACGAGAUCUUCUACAACAACGUCCUGUUCCAGCCGGAGAUGUUCUCGUUCUGGGCGAAGGUUCCGACGGUGAGGGCCGUGAUGCUGGCCCACCCGGAAGCAGAGUGGAUCUGGUGGGUCGACUCCGACGCCGCCAUAACCGACAUGGAUUUCAAGCUCCCAUUGGACCGGUACAAGGACCACAACCUGGUAGUCCACGGGUGGGUCAACCUGAUCUUCGAGAAGAAGAGCUGGACCAGCGUCAACGCCGGCGUCUUCCUGAUCCGGAACUGCCAAUGGUCAAUGGACUUCAUGGACGCGUGGGCGAAGAUGGGGCCGCAGUCGCCGGAGUACGACCGGUGGGGGGAAAUCCAGAGGAGCACAUUCAAGGACAAAUCGUUGCCGGAAUCCGAUGACCAGUCCGGCCUGAUUUACUUAAUCCUGAAAGAAUCCGAAAAAUGGGGGAACAAAAUCUACGUGGAAAGUCAAUAUUACUUCGAAGGGUACUGGCUGGAAAUCGUGGAAACGCUUCAGAACAUCUCCGACCGGUACCUGGGGAUCGAGAAACAGGCGGGGAAACUCCGGCGGCGGCACGCCGAGAAGGUGAGCGAGAGCUACGCUACAGUGUGGGAGGAGUACCUUAAGGACUCCGGGUACGGGAAGUUUAGCUGGCGGAGGCCGUUCAUCACGCACUUCACCGGCUGCCAGCCGUGCAGUGGGGACCACAACCAGGCGUAUUCCGGCCAGGUUUGCGGCGAGGCGAUGCACAAGGCGCUGAAUUUCGCGGAUAAUCAGUUGCUGCGCAGGUACGGGUUCGUGCACCGGGAUCUACAGGAUACCUCCACCGUGGUGCCUAUACCUUUCGAUUAUCCGGCUUAGAUUGCAAAAAAUACUUCGUAUGACUAAUGUGAAGUAUUUAUGUUUAUGCGUAUGAUUGGAUAAUUAUUAUGAUGAAGGGGUCCAGUAUCCAUAUCCAUGUUUGGAAUUAUAAUGCUUUGUAUUGGUUAUUCUAGUCCAUUGGUUCAUUGGUUUCGUUUAGAGCAUCUCCAAUGCUAUAAUGUCCACGGUGCACAUGUGGCAUGAGUGAUAGCCACAUAAAUAUUAACAAUUAAAUUAUUUUUCUCCUUAUUUGAAUGAUUUUAUACAAUUUUGGUAAGUUUUUCUCUGCAAUGUCAACAUUAAUGUCAACAUUAGACGGUCUCCUUGACAUUGUGGAGAAAAAUUUACCAAAACUGUAUAAAAUCAUUCAAAUAAGGAGAGAAAGAAUUUAUCUGCUAAUAUUUAUGUGACUAUUUUUCAUGCCACGUGUGCACCGUGCACAUUUUACCAUUGAAGAUGCUUGCACAAACUCGUAUAGACUGUUUUCCCUUAUUUGUGAUGCGAGUAAAGUGUAGUUGCGGAGUUAGAAAUAGAGUGCGUUUGGGUAAGGACUUAGGUCCAAUUAAUAACUUUACCAUUUGUCCAGGUUUGCUAUUAGGAAG